GCAGCUGGCGAUGAAAACAAACCCGUCGUGGCGCUCGCAGACACAAGACGCAGUUCGCAGUUCCGAAUCGAUCCGUGCAGCACAGCAAUCCACUUGAAAAUCGUACCCGAAACCGAGUUUUGAGUUUGUAAAAAAAAGAAACGAAGACUCAACGAGACGCAACGGAUUUUGCGCUAAUUAAAAUUGGUGACACCUUUUCUUCGCGAUUGACUAAGGCAGAAGCGGAAGCAGAAGCACUAGCAGCACCAACAUGGCCAAGGACUUGAGCACUAUGGGAUGGGAUUAUCUGAUGUUUGUACUGUUUAUAGCCCUCACCGUUUUGGGCCCGUUGUGGAAACGCAUUUUUGGCAAAAAGAAGGAGCGCAGCAAGGCCGACUAUGUUUUUGCCACCGGCGGAGUUUCGAUCGUGGCAGUGAUGAUUUCCAUCGCCCGAGGAACUUUGGGAGUAAGAUCUGUGCUAGGCUAUCCCAGUGAAUUGUACUACCGCGGAUCGGCCAUGUGGGAGAUAAUCUAUGGCAUGAUGAGCGCCUAUCCCAUCGUCUGCUUCAUGUUCGUGCCAGUGUACUUCAAUCUGGGCAUCACCUCCGUCUAUCAGUACAUCGAUCUCAGGUUCAAGAGCCGCACUGUGAGAUGCCUGGCAUCGGCGACAUAUAUCGUACGGCAGAUCUGCAACCUUGGCAUCACCGUGUACACUCCCAGCGUGGCCCUCUCGACGGUGAUUGGCAUACCCUACUGGGCGUCCAUUACGGGCAUGGCCGUCAUUUGCAUAUUCUUCACCAUUAUGGGCGGCCUGAAGGCGGCUAUCAACGCGGACGUCAUCCAGACAGUGACCAUUCUGGUUGUCACUGUGGCCGUAUGCAUCCAGGGAACUAUCUCUACGGGCGGCGUGAAGAAGGUUUACCAACUAAAUCGGGACAAUGGACGCCUCAACUUCUGGAACUUCACUGGCGAUAUGACUGUCAGAGUGGAUACCACUUCGGCUUGGUUGGGCCAACUGUUCAUGUCCCUCUCCCAGAUUGGCUGUCAGCAGAAUUUUAUGCAGCGUUAUGUCAGCCUCAAGUCGCUAAAGCAAGUGCGUCGAGUAAUGCUGAGCAAUGUGCCAUUGGUGUUCUUCUUCUUUUCCAUCUCCUGGAUCUCUGGCAUGGUCAUCUACUCCACGUACAUCAACUGCGAUCCCUAUGCCGAGGGCUACAUAAAGAAACCCGAUGAGAUUCUGCCAUUCUUUGUGGAGGAUCAACUCGGUUUCCUGCCCGGAUUUGUGGGUAUUUUUAUGGCCACCCUGUUCAAUGGCGCCCUUUGCAUGAUGGUGUCGAAUCUAAACUCAUUGGCAACUGUAAUUUGGGAGGACUUCAUCUCACAGUUGCCGAAAUUCAAGGGACUAUCCGACAAGCAGCAGCUACGAAUUCUGAAGUCGAUCACCGUGGUCUGCGGACUGAUUAUUAUGGGCGUGGCCUUCGGUGUCGGUCUGUUGGCGGGCGUCAUUGAGUCCUCGCUUCUGGUGUUCUCUGCCACCUCGGGUCCGCUUUUGGGUUGCUUCAUCCUGGCCAUGAUGGUACCGAUUGCGAAUUGGAAGGGCACAUCCGCCGGUAUGGUCACCGCCUGCGCCUUCGUGCUUUGGAUCAUCGGCGGUAGCAUGACUAUUACUAAGGACAAUCCCAUGCUGCCCACCUCCACAGAUGGCUGCACCAACGAUACCUUCGCGCAGUCCAUUGGCAAGCCCAUCGUUGAACCGGGACAGAUGCCCUGGCUGUUGUCGCACACGCCCAUUGAUGGUUUUAACCAGAGCUUUGUGCCCACGCAACCCACAAUUGCACCUGAAAGAUCUGGACUGGAGACCUUCUACUCGAUCAGCUUUAUGUACUACAGUUUAAUUGGAACGGCCCUGACUGUGGUCAUUGGCACGGUGAUCAGUUUGUUGACUCAGCACCCGGAUGACGCCUACGACGGCAAGCUGCUGCACCCGUUGAUCUUCCGGCUGUGUGAGCGCUUCUCCGGCCGGAAGCCGUACUAUGUGAAGCACGAGGAGGAGUCCGGACUGAAUGGACGAAGCAGCAGCGAUUCCUCGGCCACGACAACAACCUGCAAGGAGGAAAAGGUGAAUCACGGGUACGAGUCCUCGCCAGAGGACAAGGAGAAGAGCAGUCCCAUCGCCGUGGUUUUCACCACCUCCGAAGGAACGGGAUCUACGGAUCAGCAGUCGAUAUGCGACAGCAGUAGGAUCCAAUUGGACAUUGUGCCGGGCGAAGGCGAAACAGGAGUGUAUCGCCAACUUGCCGGUCGAUCUGCGCUCUGAGGGUUAACUAUGUAGCAUGCGAAAAUAGUUUUCCCCACCACUUAGUCCGUAGCCCGUAAGCUAAGCCGUAGAAUAGACUAAUUAGUUAGCCAAGUGUUUCAUGUCUAUAAAGAUGCUGUGAUUUCUGUGCGCGACUGUUGUUGAGCAAUUGCAUGUACUUAACGCAUAUGUGUGUGCGUGGCAGCAUGCAAUAAAUAAAGACAAAUAAACGUAUUUUUAUAAAAAAAAUAAAAAUAAAA